UAUAAUCCAAUUAAAAUCCAAAUUAACCUAAUUCAAAAUUCAAAAACUUAAACGCAUAUCCAAACCCUAGAAUUUCCACUUGUAUAAUUCUCCGUCCAACGCUGCCUGGUUUUCUCUGAGAAUCACACACUCGUGCGAAAUUUGUUAAAAUGGAUACGUCAAAUCCGGCGGUAUUAGUCAACGCGGAGCUGCUGCGUAUGCACGUCGGCCGGAGGGUCCGUACAGUUAUUCAGGUGCUGAAAUCCGACGGUGGUGGCUCAGUCGUCGGAAGGUCGACGGACGAGCAGCAGUUGAUUAUAAAGGGAUAUCCCUCAGCCCCUCUUUCCACUUUCGUCGAAGUUAUCGGCAUCGCCGACAGUAAUCAAUCUAUUCAGGCUGAUUCCUGGACCAAUUUCGGCGACAAUUUUGAAAUGGGAUGCUACAACAAAGUAUGUCAACUCGCGAACGGGGAUUUCAAACACUUGUUCAUCUAAUAAAAUUUUAUGUCUGGUAUAGUUCCUUCUUUGAGGUUUGGAACUGAAAACUCUAUCGUUCAAAUUUCGUGUUUUUCGAAACGGCAACAUGUGUAGUUUAUCAGUGUUUUCUCAGAAGCCUUGUUGUCUUGGUGAUUGUUGCUGCUGAUAUCAUCUUCAAUUAUGUUUUAAAUUUGUCUUGAUUUGAUAUUUUCUCCAAUAUGGCAAGCGUCGAAGUCUUGUAAUCAUUUUGCAUAUUUUGGUUGGUGUCGAUCUUUUUUGAAUGAUAUUUCAUCUCAAUAUGACCCAUCUUAGAUUCAAUACCUCUUGUAUCAAAACUGCGAUUAUUAAUUAAUUGCCUUAAGCCUCGUUUGGUUGGGGAGAUUAGUC